AUGGAGGAGGCGAUGGGAGCGGAGGACGAGGAGGAGCUGAGCCAGCUGUACGCCCAGGAAGGAGGCAACCAGGAGCGCGCCGAUCCCUACGCUGAGGCCUCCCUGGCUUUGGGGGUGCAGCCAACCCCCCCUACGUUUUCCGGGGACCGGAGGGGACCCAGGCGGUUGGUAAUGAAAAGGAAGGUGCUGAGGCGCAGACCCGACGGAGGGGUAGAGGUCUCGGAUGAGUCGGUCACCAGCGAGUCGGAGAGCGAGGCCGAAAUUCGGAGCCUGAGGCAGAAACUGCUUCAGCUACGGACCGAUCCGGAAGACAGCAUCUCCGAGGGGGAAAUCGAGACGAGCAGCAGCUCCCCCGAUGAAUCCUCCCCUCGCCGGUGGCCCUGUGGGGACAGUCCUCCCUUUCUCCUCGAGGAUUUUGGGAGCCAGAGCCCUCCUGCUUCUCAGUACGCCGCUGCGGCGGGGCAACCCAAAUCCUUCAUUCCCCCCCGGUUUGAGCCGUUGGGCCGUAACCGGGGCAAAACCGACCGAGUGGCUAAAUAUUUUGAAUAUAAACGAGAAUGGGAAAAAUUCCGAAUCCCGGGAGAGGAUCAGCGGCAAGAACUGCGCUGGCUUAUCAGGGAACAGAUGCUCUUCCGGCCCGAGCUCCCCAGCAAACCGCACCACCUCUACGUCCCCAACGCUUACGCCGUGCCCACCGAAAAGAAACGAGCUGCCCUGCGUUGGAAGGUCCGCUGGGACCUGGCCAAGGGCCUCCACCCCCCAAAAAACACCUCCUCCUGA